AUGGAAGACAAUCUUACUCGGCUACGAGUGAUCGCCAAAGAAGAAGAUGAAGAAAUGGCAGAAGGGGAGGCCGCUGUGGAAGUUGUGGUAUGUUAAUUCCAUGAGAAAUUUAUUCCUCACAUGUGCCAGGAGGUUGUGGUGCCAACCUGAGUGAAACAGGGUUGGGGGGGGGGAGCAGGCCCAUCUCUCCCCAGCCCUUCGCCCCCUCCUUCCAAGCCAGGGUUGGGCCAUUAUGUGCCCAGGCAGGAGCAGCGAUCAUUGGCAGCCAGUGGUGACGUGGGCAUGGGCAUCAUGGCAGGGGGGCUUGUUCUGCCCCUCUCCUUCCCUGAGUCAGCUGGCCAUGCACCCUCACCAGCGCUCAGGUUGUCUCCGCUGUAGUUUGGGGGCAGGUCCCUCUGGGGGCCCUAUGUCCCCACCGCAGGAGGGCCCUGCCUCCGCUGGCUUGCCUUCCCCUGCGCUGCUGCUGAGCUACUAUGUGCCACGCAGGAGGAGGGAUAUAGUGGGGGGUGGGGAGCAGGAAGGAAGCUGGGAAGGCAGAUGGGGGGGAGAGAAAACAUUGAGGGGACUGUGCCCCAGAGGAAAAUCAUUGGGGAGUGCCCACAGGACCCCUGUCCCCUAGAAUGGAUGCCUAUGCCAGGAGAAUACAAUGUCCUUCUUCCUUCGCAGGGCCAUGGUUUGGGAAAGGCUCCGGCCAAGCAGCAGCCCAGCGGCGCCAUGGGGAAACCCCAAAUGUGCAGGUAUGCUGGGACCUUCUGUGGCAGAGGAAGUGUUUCCCAGUCACCUUGCCAGCUGGAGGAGGAAGGCCUGAUUUAGAUAUUCCUAUAGUUUUACGGGGAGGGUUUCUCUGUGGUCCACCUGGGCAGGACAUGGGGGGUGAUUCUCUCCCAUGCCAACCCCAUAUCCCAAGGCUGGGCCGGGGCAGUUUUAGGAUGGCACGACCAGUGUGCUCACACUGGGCACCGCGCUGCAGAGAGUGCCAAAACAAUGCUGAAGAACAAAGGGGGCGUGCCGAAUCCUAUGGUCGUACAGGGCUCUGUUGACAUUUGAGAGCCCAAAGUUCACCCUUGGUUGGGCACAGUUCCAGAUUAAUACCUGUGGCAGUCAAAAUAUUGCUGGUCUCCUCGCAAAUUAUCUCCUGAUACCUUUUUGAUUUUACCAGCCAACAAUAUUAAUAAACCAAUUUUAUUACGGAAAACAGUAUUCAUUUUAAUCUGUUGUCACGGGACCCAUAGGCCGGUUCCUGCUCUGCCCAUUGGGCAAUGUGGCUCUGGUUGGGAAUGCUUCUGUGGAGAUGAAACGCGCCCCCCCCCCCAAUCAUUCUUUCCUUCAGACAAAAGCUGACAUGGUGUGUGGAACUGGACCAGGGGAAGAAGUGGCUCUCCUUGCCUUCUUAGCUCAUAUCUUUCUCUAAUUUCUGCAUCCCAUGAAAACGUCCUUCCUGAGAUUCUAGCCAACAUCAACCAGUAGUCUCAGCUACCAUAAUGAACCUUAGAAUAAAAGAGAUACAUGUUAUUAUCUAUAGAUUUAUCUUGAAAUCCUCCAACCAAUCAGACUAACUGAGCUUGUUUCUUCCUUAGGAGAGAGGCCGGCCAGAACAAGGGGGGAAAGGCUCCCACUCCAGUUAAGUGGAAAUGCCAGUUGAGUGCCCUAUAUGAUAGAAAUGCUUCCUUUCCGUUUCCCCCCUCCCUCAUGUACCAGUCUGAUGCUAGCACGUUGGGAACCAGGCGCUUGCUGAUUGCUCUGUUAUUUUUGCAGGGAGGGAGCCUUCCCCCAAAGUAUACCUUGUUCUCGCCAAAUCCCUGGAGAGACGUGAGGACCCUCAGGUACUGGGGCAGAGGGAAGGAAGGGGUCUCCGAGGAGUCUGCCUGCCUCCUCCCCCUCAGCCGCCCUACAGCUGAGGGGAAGGCAGCGGGCAGACCGUUUGGGGCAGCAUGGAGCCUAUGGGCGCCCAAGCCACUGCGUCACUCCCAGGAGAGAUGUGUGGCUCGGGCACGCUGCAGGCCCCGCGGUGAGUGCCACUGUUAACAACCAUUCCACCUGUCCUUGGCCACACUGUCCUUGUGGCUCUAAGCCCCAGAGUAGGCAUUCUGUGGGAAUGUUGAGGAAAGCCAAAGAGGAUAUAUUGAUUAAAUAUUAUCCCUCCACAUGCUAGUGAGCAAGUAGCAGAGCACAUUCCGUUCCACACUGCUGGAAGCAAGUUGAUGGAUUCGUUAGAAUCAUUUAAGUUAAGCAAUCCAGUCUGGCUUGUCCAGAUUGGAUUGUUCCUGGUAAACUUCCCCUUUAGGGGAAGGUAAAGGGACCCCUGACCAUUAGGUCCAGUCAUGGCCGACUCUGGGGUUGCGGCGCUCAUCUCGCUUUAUUGGCCGAGGGAGCCGGCGUACAGCGUCCGGGUCAUGUGGCCAGCAUGACUAAGCCGCUUCUGGCGAACCAGAGCAGCGCACGGAAACACCGUUUACCUUCCCGCCGGAGUGGUACCUAUUUAUCUACUUGCACUAUGUGCUUUUGAACUGCUAGGUCGGCAGGAGCAGGGACCGAGCAACAGGAGCUCACCCCAUUGUGGGGAUUCAAACCGCCGACCUUCUGAUCGGCAAGUCCUAGGCUCUGUGGUUUAACCCACAGCGCCACCCGCAUCCCUUAAUUUCCCCUUUAGUACCCUAUUAAAAACAAUAAUGACACAACAGUCUUCUUUUAAAAGUAAUGAUAAAGUUUACUUACAUUCAGUUCACAGUAUUGUCCUGAAGGCAGGCUUUAUCUUGUAGUUACAGUUACAGUUGUAGAGAAAAGAGGUCUGAGCUAGACCUCAGACUUUCUACCUUGUGGCUUCCAUCCUCUGUAAGGACGAGCCAUGUGCUGCUGGCUAAGAGCCAGAAGAGAGGAAGAUAGCUGCAUGGCUAGCCGUUUUAUAGGGUCUGCCAGGGUCAGGCCCAUCUACCUGGUCACACACAGGGGGAUGAGACUCCAGAGCAGGUAUGACAGGAAGUCCUCCCUGUCUGAAGCCACAUUCUUCUGAGUGUCCACUCUAGGCAACAGGAAAUGUUGUAUUUGACUGCUACGGUGAUGAUACAUCCCACACAUUCAUUUAGAACAGGUGUGCAAUUUCCCCCUGGAUACUAAGUGCUUAUCCUGACUUCUGUUUGCACCAUGCCUUCCAGGCACAGGUCUGCACUUUAAAGCAGGGGGGCGGGGGAGGCACUUCCCCAGGGAAAAUCCAUGUUUUACUGCUGAAUCAGAUCAAUUCACAGAAUCCACAGAAAACUUGAUUGUCAUUUGCUCCAGUUCAGGGGGAAACAAAACAACAACAAUACUCAGACAUAGAGCUUUAAAGCAUGCGUAGGCAAACUAAGGCCCGGGGGCUGGAUCUGGCCCAAUCGCCUUCUAAAUCCGGCCCGCAGAUGGUCCAGGAAUCAGUGUGUUUUUAUGAGUAGAAUGCGUCCUUUUAUUUAAAAUGCAUCUCUGGGUUAUUUGUGGGGCAUAGGAAUUCGUUCAUUUCCCCCCCAAAAUAUAGUCCGGCCCCCCACAAGGUCUGAGGGACAGUGGACCGGCCCCCUGCUGAAAAGGUUUGCUGACCCCUGCAGUUUAAAGUAUGGUCCUGUACCGAGAAAUGCGCCCCAAAAGGAAGUCUGGAUGAGCCCUUAAGACACGGAUUUCCAAGUAUAUAAUCAUCUGGAGUGGAAUUCAUCCAUAUUUGGGGAAGCAGAGGAGUUGCUGAACUUGCACAGGAAUGGCCAUCUGCAUCACUGUCGCUAUUCCUCCUUCCUGAAUCUAAUAUACCGUUUGGGGUUGUGCGCCAGAAAUUACAUGCUUGGCUUCUAAGGGCUAGUUCAUAUAUAUGCACAUCACUUGCUUCACCCACAGUCCAUACUUAUGUAUGAAGCUCCUAUAUACGUACACACAUACAUGCACACACUUGUAAUCAUAGGUGGUCAUCAAGUGAUGAAGGUCUGUUGAAUAAAAAGCAAAUACAGCGGUACCUCAGGUUACAUACACUUCAGGUUACAUACGCUUCAGGUUACAGACUCCGCUAACACAGAAAUAAUGCUUCAGGUUAAGAAUUUUGUUUCAGGAUGAGAACAGAAAUUGUGCUCCGGCGGCGCGGUGGCAGCAGGAGGCCCCAUUAGCUAAAGUGGUGCUUCAGGUUAAGAACAGUUUCAGGUUAAGAACAGACCUCCGGAACAAAUUAAGUACUUAACCCGAGGCACCACUGUAUUGCCGUAAUUUAGCUUUGAGUCAUGCAGGCCUGCAACAUUCUCCCAGCUGCAUUCGCGCUGGUUGCUCUCCUGGCAGAAUAAAUCUUGAAAACAUUCACAUGCUCACCAAGGAAUGUUCACCUCGUAAGAAGCGUCACCUUGCAUACUUUUCUGUCUCAUAAACUUGAAGGUCAAAUGAAACAUUCAUUGACAAAUACAGAAUAUGAAACAGUCUCAAAUCCAUGUGCUAACAGCCCACGAAAGGCAAACAGAUGGGGCAGUGAGUCAUGCGCCCUCCGUUUAUGGAUCUUUGGGGACUUUUAAGGCAAAGCCCUGUGCUGGUCACUGAAAGGGGAGUAUUCAUGUUCAUUUAAUUCAGAUUUCCAUUCAUAGAGGGUUAGCUGGGGAAGUAAUUUGAUUGCCAGCAUAUAAUGGUAGAGUGAAGAGCUGCAAUUUAAAAAUGAAAAUGCAGUCUCUAAGACCUUAGUAACAGUGAGGAUGCUUUCUGGAUUCAGCUAAAGCAAUGGCGAACUUUUUCCAUUUUGCCAGUAUCCUUUUUACGGAUUUUCUUCCAUGGUAAAAAUUAUACAUUCCAAAAAAAAUACAGAAGAAACAAAAGAUUUCCAAACCAAAAGACUGGUUUAUUUACCAAAUAAACAAAUAUAUAUAAACCCUUAAAUUCCUAAAGAAGACUUGUAUUAUUUAAAUAUUUUUGUUAAUUCACAAUUACUUAAUUUCUCCAUGUGACUUCCAACCUCCUCACUGAGGGUUCAUCCUUUUUUUAUUCUUAUUAUUAUCACUGCUUCCAUAUUCCUUCUCUCCAUUUCUUUCUUUAUUCUAUCUCAUGUGUUAUUUAUCUAACUUGCAAAUUGAGGAGUUUAGUCAAAGCAUGUCCAGGUUUUCACUUGUGGACAAUGUUUAAUUAAAUAUUCUUUAUAAAUUCCCCAUCCUUUUUUUUUUUUUACCUUCGAGUUGGCUGUCUCCUAAUUGUCUCUGUCAAUUUUGCUAAUUCGAGAUAUUCAAACAAUUUCUCCUGCCAUUCCUCUUUUGAUGGUAUCAUUUCACCUUUCCAUUUUUUGGCGAUCAGUAUUCUUGCUGCUGUUGCGGCAUAUAAGAAUAUUCUUCUUUUUUCCUUAGGAAUCUCUGGUCCCAAUAUUCCCAAGAGGAAGAAGGCUUCUGGUUCUUUUGUGAAAGUUUGUUUGAACAUUUUUUAAAAUUUCCUCGUUUAUCAUAUCCCAAUUUUUUCAAAUUUUAAUGCAGCCCCACCACAUAUGAACUUCUUCCAUUUUGAUUUCUCUUCUGAGAAAUCCCUGUACAUGGAUCACAGAGACUUUAAUGCCAAAAAGGAUCCUACUGGUUCUUUCUCACAGGCCUGGCUCCAGAUUUGGGUGGGCCCUGAGCAGGUUGCUUAUCCUUCCAAGUGUCCUGAUUUUCCAGGGACAGUCCCAGAAUUACAAAAGCAAUCCUGGCUUCUGAUUGGAUCCUGGAAUGUCCCUAUUUCCCCUGCCAGCACCACUGCCACCAAGCUCAAGGAGGAAGAUGAGCCAACACUUGUCCGGAGCGACGGCAGUGAUGGCAGUGGUGCCUGUGCAAGAGUAUCGCGUUACUUCUCCAUAGUCUCUCCAUGGCUGUCGCUGCUGGUCCCUGGAGCAGCUCCUGGUUGCUCUCCUCUGCACAUGUUCCAGCUUGUCAACAUCCUUCUUAAAUUGUGGUGUCCAGAAUUGGACACAGGAUUCCAGGUGUGGUUUGACCAAGGCAGAAUAGAGGUGUACUAUUACUUCCCUUGAUCUGGACACUCAGGGUCGUCUUAAGCAUAUCCAGUGCUGUGAUGCAAAGCUCCCUCCAGCGCCUCCCCCACCACCGUUUCCCAGAGUUUUUUAGGGAGGACGGCGUUGCCGGCGGGGCUGGAGGAGGCGGGCAGCAGCUAGAGGGUGGCUCCUCCAGCGGGGAAGAGGCGGAGGCUGGACACACGGUGCCUCCUGGUUCAGCUGGCCGCUUCGUGCCGUGGUGGCCAUGGCAGAUGGAGGCUCCGGGCGUGGCGCACCUUCAGUGUGGCAUGGCGGAGGCGGGCAAGCUGAUGCCAGGAGACGCCACAUCCAGCCUCCACCUCUUCCCUGGUGCCCUAUAGAACCUGGUGCCCUGGCACCCCGCGCCACUAGCCUCUAUGGGUAAGACGCCCCUGACUAUGUUGCUGCGGAUGCAGCCUAGAAUAGUGUUAGCUUUCUUCUUGCUGCUGCAUCACACUGUUGACUCAUGUUAAGCUUGCGGUCAAGGGAGAUGGCCUUAAAUUCAUAAUACAAUCAGGAUUUAUGACCUGGUGAAAAAUUGUAUACUAAACCAGGUAACUGAUGAAUUUCAGAAUCCCUGCACUCUGCUUCAAUGGGCACAAAACACUUGUUCCACUUUAGGGAGGGAUAGGCUUUCAUACAGGCAACUCUCAACUUUCUGGGCAUCCAUCCUCCACUGUGAGCAUGUGCUUCCUGUACUCAUUAAAUUUAUUUUUGAAAGCAUCCUUGCAUGGUCAGGCUACUCAAGUGUGUGUGUGUGUGUGUGUGUGUGUGUGUGUGUGUAUACGUCUACGGUGGGAGAUCUAGCAUAUGUGCCUUUCCCUCCAUAUCCACAUGUAUACAAGAUUGGGAUCUUGGCUUUUCCACCUUUGAAUUUUCCUAGCUGACAGUAUAAUAUAUCAAUGUCAUCCUGAGAGGGUAGCUUGACAACAAACAAAGUAGUGGUAAGCAAAAUAGACAUCAGAUAUUUUUGCAUCCAUUUCUAUGUGUAAAUGAACCCGCCAGACUAGCUUUGGCUCUUAUUUACGCUGUUGCUGACUUGCAGAAGUGGCUCUUCCAUGAGGUGGGAGCCUCCACGGGUGGAUUUUUCAGCACCAGCUCAGGCCGCAGAGAGGGAGGCUCAGUUGCCAAAUGAGACACAGUCCAUUUGGAAGUUCUCUUUUGAAAGCCCCAGUGAAGUGUGAGCAGUUUAUUUCAGUGAGGUUUGUGCAGGACAACUGUGCAGGGGUUUUGUGACGCUCCUUGUUACUUUAUGGAAGAGCUGUGCCCUCUUAAUUUUGGGGUCUUACUAAUAUAGUGGUACCUCGGGUUACAAACAUUUCAGGUUACAGACUCCGCUAACCCAGAAAUAGUGCUUCAGGUUAAGCACUUUGCUUCAGGAUGAGAACAGAAAUCGUGCUCCGGCGGCGCGGCAGCAGCAGGAGGCCCCAUUAGCUAAAGUGGUGUUUCAGGUUAAGAACAGUUUCAGGUUAAGUAUGGACCUCCAGAACGAAUUAAGUACUUAACCUGAGGUACCACUGUACGUAUAAAGUUUGUUGCUGAAUUUCACCUUUUGUGAUUUCUGAUUAGGUGAAUCAUUAAGGAAUUUUGACCGAGGAAAGAAGAGUCUCUCUCUCUCUCUCUCUCCCUCUACACACACACACACAUACACACACACUCUGUGGGGGUCAUUGCAUCCCUAGUAAGCUUUAGAUUCCUGCUACGUACUGUAUUCUCAGUAAACCUUUCACUACAAUUUAGGCCUCUACACUAACCAUCAUAACUAAAAGGUUUCCUGUGACCUUCUGACUUUGUUUCACAAAGAAGCAACAACCAACAUGCCAUUAGCUUCACAAUGAAGCUUGUUACCUAAUACCUGCCUGGAUAUGAUCACAGCAAAACAACCCUCAGUUGCUGCUUUUGCCCCUUAGGUUGGCUGGAGGGUAUGCAUGGCAACAACUCGAGAAAGACAAAAAUGCAUUUCCAAAGGGAGAGACUCUAAUCUUAUUCCUCAACCCAGUAACAUUGGCCAACUUGGAUCACCCCUGCCUUGAAGAACAACCUUAAACCUUCACGCACAAGGCAGAGCUGAUGUCUUUCUGAGCAUGUGCGGAUGAACUGUAGUCAAGAUAACAAAGGAGCAUCAAAAGAGGAGAGUUGCUUGGACAAUUGUGUGUGUGUGUGUGUGUGUGUGUGUGUGUGUGUGUAAGAGCCUGCUUGAAGGCAGCAUCUUUGGUCACCAGCUUUGAAUACUCCAGAAGCAGUGACAGGCUUCUUGCCAUUUGCUCCUAGGUUGGCCAUCUAGCUGCAGCCAAAGCAAUCUAAUGGUACGUCUGUAAUGGAAAUGGCAUUUCACUAUAGCCAUAAAAACUUGACCUCAGUACAAAAACUAUGUACCAGCCCAAUUUAAUCCCUUCCACAACUUGGGAGGUAUUAAAGCUUCACAAUGAUAAUUGUUGGGAAACAGCUACAUUUGCAAAGAAAAGAAAAGAAAAGAAAAGAACGCCUUCCUUUAACCUCAAACUUCAGAAUGGCUCAGCUAAUUUUGCUUGAAUGUCAUAGAAAGAAGAGAAAAAUUAUCUGCCUGAGGCAGACAUAAAGGCAUGAAAAAAAUUCACUCAAAUACUUAGAAAGUAACACAAGCAGGGAAAAUAGCACCAGGGCUUUAGACUAGUAAGAGUGAGGCAAAUUGAACCAUAAUAGCAGUUAAAAACAAAACAAAAGACAAAAAAAUGUACCUGUAAGACUAGAUAUAGAUAUAGAUAUAGAUAUAGAUAUAGAUAUAGAUAUAGAUAUUGGAUUUAUUAUGGUAUUAUGGAUAUUUAAAGGUAAAGGUAAAGGCACCCCUGCCCAUACGGGCCAGUCGUGUUCGACUCUAGGGUUGUGCGCCCAUCUCACUUAAGAGGCCGGAGGCCAGCGCUGUCCGGAGACACUUCCAGGUCACAUGGCCAGCGUGACAAAGCUGCUCUGGUGAGCCAGCACCAGCGCAGCACACGGAAACGCCGUUUACCUUCCUGCUAUAAAGCGGUACCUAUUUAUCUACUUGCACUUAGGGGUGCUUUCGAACUGCUAGGUGGGCAGGAGCUGGGACCGAAAGACGGGAGCUCACCCCGCCGCGGGGAUUCGAACCACCAACCAUACGAUCGGCAAGUCCUAGGCACUGAGGUUUUACCCACAGCGCCACCCGCCACCCUAUGGAUAUUUAGGAGUCAAAUAAUUGAAAACACAGUUUGACAAGCGUCAUGAUAAGAAAAGCCCUCUCUUCGUGACCCCAUGGACCAGAGCACGCCAGGCACUCCUGUCUUCCACUGCCUCCGGCAGUUUGGUCAAAUUCACGUUGUUAGCUUUGAGAACACUGUCCAACCAUCUUGUCCUCUGUCGUCUCCUUCUCCUUGUGCCCUCCAUCUUUCCCAACAUCAGGGUCUUUUCCAGGGAGUAUUUUCUUCUCAUGAGGUGGCCAAAGUAUUGGAGCCUCAGCUUCAGGAUCUGUCCUUCCAGUGAGCACUCAGGGCUGAUUUCCUCCAGAAUGGAUAGGUUUGAUCUUCUUGCAGUCCAUGGGACUCUCAAGAGUCUCCUCCAGACCAUAAUUCAAAAGCAUCAAUUCUUUGGCGAUCAAUCUUCUUUAUGGUCCAGCUCUCACUUCCAUACACCACUACUGGGAAAACCAUAGCUUUAACUAUACAGACCUUUGUUGGCAAGGUGAUGUCUCUGCUUUUUAAGAUGCUGUCUAAGUUUGUCAUUGCUUUUCUCCCAAGAAGCAGGCGUCUUUUAAUUUCGUGACUGCUGGCACCAUCUGCAGUGAUCAUGGAACCCAAGAAAGUAAAAUCUCUCACUGCCUCCAUUUCUUCCCCUUCGAUUUGCCAGGAGGUGAUGGGCCCAGUGGCCAUGAUCUUAGUUUUUUUUAUGUUGAGCUUCAGACCAUAUUUUGCACUCUCCUCUUUCACCCUCAUUAAAAAGUUAUUUAAUUCCUCCUCACUUUCUGCCAUCAAGGUUGUGUCAUCUGCAUAUCUGAGGUUGUUGAUAUUUCUUCCAGCAUUCUUAAUUUCGGCUUGGGAUUCAUCCAGUCCAGCCUUUCGCAUGAUGAAUUCUGCACAUAAGUUAAAUAAGCAGGGAGACAAUAUACAGCCCUGUCAUACUCCUUUUUCCAAUUUUGAACCAAUCAGUUUGUUCCAUAUCCAGUUCUAACUGUAGCUUCUUGUCCCACAUAGAGAUUUCUCAGGAGACAGAUGAGGUGAUCAGGCACCACCAUUUCUUUAAGAACUUGCCAUAGUUUGCUGUGGUCGACACAGUCAAAGGCUUUUGCAUAGUCAAUGAAGCAAAAGUAGAUUUUUUCCGGAACUCUCUAGCUUUCUCCAUAAUCCAGCAUAUGUUUGCACUUUGGUCUCUGGUUCCUCUGCCUCUUCUAAAUCCAGCUUGCCCUUCCGGGAGUUCUCGGUCCACAUACUGCUUAAGCCUCCCUUGUAGAAUUUUAAGCAUAACCUUGAUAGCGUGUGAAAUGAGUGCAAUUGUGCGGUAGUUGGCGCAUUCUUUGGCACUGCCCUUCUUUGGGAUUGGGAUGUAGACUGAUCUUCUCCAAUCCUCUGGCCACUGCUGAGUUUUCCAAACUUGCUGGCACAUUGAGUGUAGCACCUUAACAGCAUCAUCUUUAAAAAAAUUUAAAAGUUCAGCUGGAAUACCAUCACUUCCACUGGCCUUGUUAUUAGCAGUGCUUUCUAAGGCCCUAUUUUAGGCCAAAUAUGUUUUGGCUAUGAGACGAUUCCCCAGUAAAGAUUGUACUAGGUUUUACUGAAUCCAGGGGGACAUUCUGAACUCUAGGCAUAAGAUUGUCAUUUAUGAUUACUAGUGUGGGCCUAUUCAGGGAUUUCAUAGGUUUACAUUUAAAAUGUGAAGUGUGGGUGUGCAAACCUGAUGUUUUAAAAUACAGGUAUCUGACAGUUACACUCACUAGAGAGCAACCUAGGGUGCCAACCUGAAUAAAAUAUGGGCCCAGGUAUGCCCCACGCAGUGCACACACACCAUUUGAAUGGGAAUGCCCAUCAACUUUGUGAGGGCCUGGCCCCCUCAAAUAUAUUAUUGUGGGGGCCAAAGUGCCCCCGGCCCCUAGGAGUUGGCUCCUACGCUAGAGAGCCAGAAUUGAUGGUUGAGAAACCUUGAUGAGAAACCAGGAUCUCUUGCUGUAUAGUUUUUUAAAAACAGAAAAUGCCUGAAAUAGCUAAAUCAAUAUGCACCUCCAUAAACUUGGUUGCUAGCUUUGAUCACUUUAUAUAUUAAAUGAAUAUUGAUGAAAACGUCUGGCUUUUCUGCAUUGAUCCAGAUACAGUCCAUAUCGCUUGCUAAAUGAAAACUUGAAUAUCCAAAUGGAUACUUCAUGUGUGGUUCUUGAGCCUGAGGUAAUGACCAAGCAUGUCAAUCCCACUGAUCAUCUGUUCAGGACAGGGGGGCCAACUUGCCCCCCACAUUAACCUCCCAAGCUUGUUGCAGCCGCUGCCUGGCUUCUGGGCUGCCGGGCAGAGGCUUAGGCGCGUGGAGGGUGCCUGGCAGUGGUGGGGGCAGUGCCCCCCUAAAUAUUGGGGGGAUGCUGCCCCCUGUCCUGCCCCAAAAUUUUGGGGGAGCUGAAUCCCCCUCUGCCCCCUAUAUCUGGCGCCACUGGUUGAAGAAGAGAGAAACUGGAUUCCAUCUGCUCCACUCCCUUCUCCCCCCCAACAACUGUUUGGUGGGAUUUCAGACUUGCCCCCCUUAAGGGCUGUGUGUAGCAUGCAUCGUAACAGGCUAGAAAGAGCAGUGAUGGGGGUAAAUCUAUUCAAUCUGCAUAUAUGGAUAAACCUACUGAAUUUGCACUUCUUAAGACAAUCGAUAAAUUUCCAUGAGGUUCAGAGCAAAGUGCAGGGUCAGCGAAACAUGAGUAAACAACCAAAUAAAAAAGUCUUACUUGUUUCUUAAAGCCAGCCACAGUAGGAGCGGCCCAUGUUUCCCAAGGGUGGGGGUUUCAGAAUCAAGAGGCCGCUACCAAAAAUCCCUUGCCCCAUUUCACAGACCCUCCAAGUGUCCCUUUUUUCCAAGGACAGUCCCAGAUUUACGGACGCCGUCCCGGUUUCUGAUUUGAUCCUGGAAUGUCCUGCUUUUUGUUAGGAUGUCCCUAUUUUCGUCAGAGAAAUGUUGGAGGAGAUGGGGGUUAUGUGCUCCUCAAGCCAAGGAGAUAUAACCUUUAGACGACAUCUGAAGGCAGCCCUGUAUAGGGAAGUUUUUUCUAAAGUUUAAUGUUUUAUUAUGUUUUUAUAUAUGCUGGAAGCCACCCAAGAUGGCUGGGGCAACCCAGUCAGAUGGGCGGGGUAUAAAUAUUAUUAUUAUUAUUAUUAUUAUUAUUAUUAUUAUUAUGUUUAGUCAUUUAGUCGUGUCCGACUCUUCGUGACCCCCUGGACCAGAGCACGCCAGGCACUCCUGUCUUCCAGUGCCUCCCGCAGUUUAGGACAUCCCUAUUUUUAUCGGAGAAAUGUUGGAAGGUUUGAUGUCACCAUUGCCCUAGCAUCUUGUAGAGAUGGGAUCAUUAGAGCUUCUCCAGCGGACUUCAGGGCAGUAGACAGGCAUACAGGGAGAGGCAUUAUUUUAGGAACCUGGAGCUCAGGAAGGGGCACCGACUUACCUCUCACAUUGCGAGGACCCAGAGUCAUGUGACGUCAUUCAUAAUGUCACGUGCGCCCCCCCUCCCCGCACAUCCCACCACGCCCUCCGGUGCACGACUGCUCACCCAGCAGCGGGGUCUGAGGCACGGGGUGGGUGAUAUUCACCAUCCACGCAUCCCACCCCUGCCAGCUCCCGAACACUCACCCAGCGGCGGCAGGGAAUAGUGGCCCCUCAAUAUUUGGGGGGGGCCCUCAGCUCCCCCCAAGAUGUUAAACGACAGCUAAAUGGUCAUUUAAAUUUCCACUCCCCAUGACCUAGAUGAUAAAUUGCUGAACACUCAAGAAUAUAUAACAGAGGGAAAUAUGGGCAUCACAAACCAUUACUUGCUUUGUGUCUUGGUGUAGAAACUGGCUAAAAAUAAACUUUGCUGAAUGAAAGUUGAGUAGUUGGGAUCAGUCCCCCACCAGCCUUAGGAGGAAGAAUGAGUAACUCUGUCUGAUUUCGGUGUGAGCUGUUCAUCUCCAGGGUGAAGGAAAUAUGGAUCACAAAUUUCUGAAUGCUUUAAAAUAAACAAAUGACUGUGAGGACUUAGCCUCAGCCAAAUCACCUCACCCCUCACAUUUCUCUUUAGGCCAAGCUGGCCCAAGACCAUUUGCCACCUGAAGGAGAAAAAGAAAUGGCAUCCCUGCUCAUGUCACGGUUCCUGGUAAGCGAGAAUGGUCAAGUUAUACUAGCACGUGAUGUAGAAAAUUUCACAAUUGCCUCUCCUUGGGAGUAA